AUGUCUGAAAAUUAUUGUUUUGCUAAUCGGACAUUACCACCUGCAAUAGUUUUUUACUUGAACCAACAACAUCAGCAAACAAAUGAAGUGCCCAGAUUGGCUAAACCUUCACUAAGCGUUGAUUAUUUCAUGACUCGUUUUUCGUUUGGGGAUGAAGAAUUUAUAGGAGAAGAGGAAGAGGAGGAAGAGAAAUUUGCGAAUGACGUAUCCGCGUCGAUUCUUGAUGAUGAAGAAAUUAUAGAAGAAGAAGAAGAGGAGGAUGAAGAAAUAUAUGAAGAGGAGGAGGAAGAGAACUAUAAUGAGUUGGUGGAUCAUCAAGAUAUGUCUGAAUAUUUGGAAACAAGAACAUAUUAUUAUGAUCCUGUUAUGGAUAUAGAUGUUAAUGAAGGUGUUGUUGAUGAUGAGGAACAAGAAACAUGUGCUAUUUGUUUACUUGAAUAUCAAGAUGAAGACACCAUUGGCACACUUCAAUGUGGACAUGAAUUUCACGCUGGAUGCAUCAAGAAGUGGCUACAGAGGAAAAAAGCAUGUCCCUUUUGUAGAGCUCCACUUCUUGAAAUUUUGAGAGGAUAUCCAGAAUGUUUGCUGAUUAUUAUAUCAGAAUUUUCUAAACAUCCAGUUCCAAGCCAUGUUUCUGGGGUUGAUAGCAUUUUAACUUGUGCUGAAUAA